AUGGAGACUGGCAGCCCGCGGGCCCCGGGACCCAGCCCCGGGCCCGCGCUGAGCCUGGACGCGCGGCUGGGCGUGGACACGCGCGUCUGGGCCAAGGUGCUGUUCACCGCGCUCUACUCUCUCAUCUUCGCGCUGGGCACGGCGGGCAAUGCGCUGUCCGUGCACGUGGUGCUGAAGGCGCGGGCCGGGCCCCCGGGGCGCCUGCGCUGCCACGUGCUCAGCCUGGCGCUCUCCGCCCUGCUGCUGCUGCUGGUCGGCGUGCCCAUGGAGCUCUACAACUUCGUGUGGUUCCACUACCCCUGGGUCUUCGGAGAUCUGGGCUGCCGCGCCUACUAUUUCGUGCGCGAGCUGUGCGCCUACGCCACGGUGCUCAGCGUGGCCAGCCUGAGCGCCGAGCGCUGCCUGGCCGUGUGCCAGCCCCUGCGCGCCCGAAGCCUGCUGACUCCGCGCAAGACCCGCCGCCUGCUGUCCAUCGUCUGGGCCGCCUCGCUCGGCCUGGCCCUGCCCAUGGCCGUCAUCAUGGGGCAGAAGCACGAGCUGGAGACGGCGGGCGGGGACCCGGAGCCCGCCUCGCGCGUGUGCACCGUGCUGGUGAGCCGAGCCACCCUGCAGGUCUUCGUCCAGGUGAAUGUGCUGGUGUCCUUCGUGCUCCCUUUGGCAUUAACCGCUUUCCUGAACGGGGUCACCGUGAGCCACCUGGCAGCCCUCUGCUCCCAGAUGCCGUCCCCUCCCACUGCAGGCAGUUCUGCCCCCAGCCGCCUGGAGCUAAUGAGCGAGGAGAGGAAGACACUGGCCCUGGGGGACCAGGCCGCCCUGGUGAGACACAAGGACUCCCGCCGGAUCCGUGGCCUCCGGCGCAGCAUCCAAAUUCUCAGAGCCAUUGUGGCCGUGUAUGUCGUCUGCUGGAUGCCGUACCACAUCCGCAGGCUCAUGUACUGCUACGUCCCUGAUGAACGGUGGACCGACAAGCUCUACGAUUUCUAUCACUACUUCUACAUGGUGACCAACACGCUCUUCUACGUCAGCUCGGCAGUGACGCCUGUCCUGUACAACGCGGUGUCCUCCUCCUUCAGAAAACUCUUCCUGGAGGCCCUCAGCUCCCUGUGUCGAGAGCACCACCCCAUGGAGUCAUUCCCCCCGGGGACCCCAGAGCCACGCCCGAGUGGGUACAGCUUCCAGCUCUGGGGCUCCCCCAGGACCCCCAGCCUGGAUGAAAUUGAAUAAUGAGCAGAACAACCCUGACUGCCUAGCCCUCUAGUGCUCAGCAAUUUCAACACUAAUAACUCAAGCUGCGUGAUCAGGGGGACCUAAAGGGAACCCAGCCUCUGCUGCUGACCAGUUGUGCACCUGCAGGCAAGUCACUUGCCCCUCUUAGCCUCAGUCUCCUCAUCUGUAUGAAGGAGAUGAA